AUGUCUCCCACGCUCCCUCAGGCCGUUGUCGGCACCACCAUCAGCUUCUCCUACAUUCUCCUGGGGAAUGCCAUCACUCAGUCCUUCAUGGGCGUGCCGGCGCUGCUGGUCGACUUCCCGCACCCGUCGUCGCCGGAGCACGCGGCACGGGCGCAGCAUCUGGGGCGGCAGUGGCCCACGUUCUGGGCAGUGGGCAACGUCUUCUUCCGGCCCAUCAGCACGCUGGGCAUCUUCGGGUAUGCGUACACGGCGUGGGUGGCGUCGCAGGGCCACGGCGCAGUGCGAGGCGAUUGGAGGCUGUUCGCGGUCAGCGCCCUCUGCCACCUGGUGACGGUGGUGCACUCGGCCAUCAACAUGCAGCCCAUCAACGACAAGCUGGACGGGCUGAGCGACCCCAAGAGCGGUCGGUCGGACACAUCGCAGGCGGAGGCGUAUGCACGCACGUGGAUCCGGAGGAACUCGCUGCGGAUUGCGAUGCCGCUGGUGGCGGGCACGAUCGCGCUGUUCCAGGCGCUGGGCGGGUAA